AUGAAUCCAAUCCCCUGGGGAGACAAGAAGAUGAAUGAGGGCACCGAACUCGACGAACUCAGGUCAGCAUCUCCUCCGUCGACAGAAUCGAAAAGAGAUCAUGCACAUCCGAAUCAAUCGCCCCUUCAACGAAACGAGCAUAUACCUAUCGCUUCAUUCAUUUUCACGCAUGACUCGAGCUGCUUCUUCAACGUGGCGACGAAUAUCCUCAGUCCCUCAUCGUCAGAAUUUACCGCUUCAGAGAUGGUCAACGUCGUCAUUUGUGCUCCCCGCAAAGAUGGCAUGGGCUGUGAGGGGUCGUCUCUGAAUUACUCUGGAUGA